GGUAAGUCCUUUACACGGAUUUACGCACAGGAACACUUUUCUAAACUGUCUAGCUAGCUGUUACUUGAACCAAUUGAACAGUUUACGUGCUUUAUGAUGUGAGUCUAGUUUUUGGCCUCGUAAACUAUUUUAUCGUUCAAGAACAUCGAUUGAUCCGCUAGUAAAGGUGGUGUUUCAUUAUCAGCUGGUGAAAUUUACUCACCCGUGAAUCUCUUCAGUUCUGAGGGAAGUCCUCUGUUCAUUCAGGACUAGUGUGGACCCAGCAAACACACAACGUUGUCUUAACGUUGUCUCCACAGAAACAGAGCGAGUGGCUCUUCUCCAGACUUCAGUAGAAUACAACAGGGCUACAACAUGCAGCAGCCUGGACCUGGUCCCAGAGGCGGCCCUCGCCCUCAGGUCGACAGCAGCAGCAGCAGCAGCAAGUUCGGGGUGAGGAUACAAGUCCAGGGGAUUGAGGGUCAUCCUUACGUUGUAUUGAACAACGGGGAUAGUAGAGCAGCUCUGCCAUCUGGUGGCCUGGAGAGCUACAGUAGGAACUGGGACCACCAGGAAGAGUCUGUCAACGCCCACAGCCAGUCUGAUUACACCUCCAUGGUGAAUGAUAGGCGAUCUCCACUUGGAAGUCCCUAUGUGGAACGAUCUCUACUAGGAAGUCCCUAUAUGAAACGAUCUCCACUAGGAAGUCCCUCUAUGGAACGAUCUCCACUAGGAAGUCCCUAUAUGGAACGAUCUCCAUUAGGAAGUCCCUAUAUGGAACGAUCUCCAUUAGGAAGUCCCUAUAUGGAACGAUCUCCAUUAGGAAGUCCCUAUGUGGAACGAUCUCCAUUAGGAAGUCCCUAUAUGGAACGAUCUCCACUAGGAAGUCCCUAUAUGGAGCGCAGUAUUCCCAACCACCAGGGGGAGUAUGCUUGUGGAGGUUCUCUGACUGAAGGUAGGGAGUCACAGAGGACGCUGGCGUCCACCGUGUCCAUGUUCGACUUCCAGGAGUCACAGUUACAGAGGACCAUGCCGGCAUCAAAUGCGGUGUUGAACUUCCAGAGAAACCCAGAGCUGCUGAAACCCUAUAACCCAGACUGGAACAGCCUUAGCCCACUCAGCCCCCGCCUCUCCCCCACCCGAAGACUCUCUGUUCCCCCCACUCAGACAACCUCUGUACCUAGGCCGGGACAUCUCACCAGAGGUCUCCAGAGUGGGGCAGGGGCCGGCCUGACCCAGGGAGUAGGGUCUAGACCAGGACCAGCCAGGAUCCCUCUGCCUGCUGAGGGUAUAGAGAGAGCUCCCGCCCAGACCCUAGGCCCUGUCCCAGCUCCCACCCAGACGCCAGGCCCUGUCCCAGCCCCCACCCAGACCCCUGUCCCAGCUCCCACCCAGACCCCAGGCCCUGUCCCAGCUCCCACCCAGACCCCAGGCCCUGUCCCAGCUCCCACCCAGACCCCAGGCCCUGUCCCAGCUCCCACCCAGACCCCAGGCCCAGGCCCUGCCCUUGUCUCAGCCCCAGGUCCCCACCACCAUUCUUUUACCACCUUACUAAGUCCACCAAGCGAGGUUACCAACGUCCCCAGGAGGUCCCCAAACUCAGUGGACACAGAACCCAUCUCCUCCAUAGGUAGCCUUAUCAACCAGUUCGACAGCUCCCAGCAGAUGGGCCGAGCUGGGCCUAGGAGAGGGAGGAUAGCCCCUGAGGACCGGAGGAGGUCGCGCAGUGUGGACAGCAGGCGACAGCGAAACUCAGACUCAUCGGACCCCUCCAGCCCUGCCUCGGCCGUCAGAGGGACCAGGGGAGAGACUCCAGGGGGAGCCACCAGCGCUCCCGGAUCACCUAAGGGGAGAGGGGCCAACGGACCCUCCACUCUGAUGUUUAAUAAGCUCCAGUGGGAGAAGGAGGAGGGGCCUGGCGUUGUGUCACCUAAAGCGGUGAAGGUACGGUAUAGGGUGGAGAAGACCUCUCUGAGCAGAUCCACAUCUCUCAACCACACAGAGGAGGAGGCAAAGAGAGAAACUCAGGUCAUCACUCCAGAUCUUUUGAAAGGUCAGAGGGGUCUGCAGCAGGUCUCAACUGAACCACAACGACCAAAUGAAGACACCACUAGACAGAUACUGUUCACUUACCUCAACGAUGGGACCACUGAUUUAUCCUCCACCACUCAGAAGAAGGUGAACCUGGUGUUUGACAGAAUCAACCAACUGAAGUGGAAGACUUUAGAGAACGUGGAGGAGGAGAUCACGGAUUAUGCUGCAGAGGCCAAGGAGCUACAGCAGAAAGGAGCAGAACUGGAGAGAGAGGUGUCAAAGCUGAAGACACAGUUGGAGCAUAAGACCAAGAAUGGUAGAACUCUAGCGGAGGCAUGUGAGAGGGCCCAGACGGACAUGAAGACUGUUCAGGAGGAACUGAACAGGAGACAGGAGGAACUCUCCACGCUACGGGAUAGGCUGGCUGGGAUGGAGGCGGAGCUUGAACUUGUCAUAGACGAGCUAGUCCAGGUGAAGGCAGAGAGAGAUCAUGGCCGUACAGAGAUGAAGGACCUUCAGCUGCAGCUGUCAGAGAUGCAUGAUGAGCUGGACCAGGCUAAGAACACAACACGGGCAGAAAGCACAGAGAAAGAGCUCCUUCUGAAGGAUCUGGCUCAGCUGCGGUUGGACUUCCAGGAGCUCAUUCAGGUGCAGGAGGAGCAGGAGGAGGUGCUACACUGGAGGGAGAGGGAGCUGACCGCCCUGAAGGGAGCGCUGAAGGAGGAGGUGGAGAGUCAUGACAAGGAGCUGGGCAUUAUGAAGGAGGUGUACGACAAGGAGGUGCAGAAGCUACGAGAGGAGGUGGAGGAGGUGAAAGAGAGUAACACCGUGCUGGGCCAGGAGAAGAGGGAGGUGGAGGAGGAGAGAGGGGAGGCCCGGGGCCAGGUGAAGGAGCAGAUCCAAGAGAUAGAGGAGCUUAGGGGACAGGUAGAGGAGCUGGAGAGCAAGGUGGACCAGCUCAACCUCGUCAUCAAGGAGUCCAAAACUCUACAGAGACAGCUGGUGAAAUGCGUAGAGCAACUCAAGCGAGAGAAGCAGCAGCUGGAGGGAACGCUAGCGGAGGUCAGGGAGAAGGAAGAGGAGAUCAGCCAGGCAAACAAAGACCAACUAAUAAAGCUGGAGAAUGUACAGAGCGAGUUGACCCAGCUGAACCACCAGCACAGGGAGGUGAAGGAGAGGCUGAAGGAGGAGAGGAGAAGAACAGAAGAGCUGAGGAGGAUGAAGAGCGAUCUGGAGGAGGAGAGGAGACUGCAGAACAGCACUGUGGAGAAACUGCAGAGGGAGAUAAGUGCUAAGGUGGAGGAGUGUGAGGCGUCCACUGAGAAGCUCCAGCUGCAGGUUGAUGAAGUCAGAAAGAAGAGCUACACAGAGCUGACUGAGCUCCAACAACAGCUGCAGGAAAAGGGACUGGACCUGGAGAAAUCCCAACAGAAUACUAGAAAACUGCAGGAAGAGCUGCUUCCCCUGGAGCAGGGUCUGGAGCGGGGUCGUAGAGAGUGGGAGGAGGCCCAGCAGAGAUGCAGGCAGCUGGAGAGGAAGGUGGAGGAGCUGGAGGAGAGGAACGCACAUGCCCAGGAGGACCACGCCCGACAGGUCAAACUCAUUGAGGGUCAGAUGGGUCAGCUGGAGCAGGAUCUGCAGGAUGAGAGGAACAGUACAGAUCUCCUGAUGAACAGAGUGGAUCAAGGGAAACAACAGAUGGAGCAGAUAAGAGGUGAGCUGCUGCAGGAGAGAGCAGUCAGACAGGACCUGGAGUGUGACAAAAUCACUCUGGAGAGACAGAAUAAGGACCUGAAGAGCAGGGUGUCUCAUCUAGAGGGCUCCCAGAGGUCCAACCAGGAUGUUGUGGUCUCCAGACUGGAGGGAAGGAUCCAGGAGCUGGAGGGGAGGCUGGAGGGAGAGGAGAGAGACAACAUCAACCUGCAACAAGCCAACAGGAAACUAGAGAGAAAAGUGAAGGAGAUGACGAUUCAAGUGGACGAUGAGCACAUGUCUAUGCAGAACCAGAAAGACCAGCUGAACCAGAGGCUGAAGACAGCGAAGAGACAGAUGGACGGGGCCGAAGAGGAGAUAGAACGUCUGGAAAACUCUAAGAGGAAGUUACAAAGAGAUCUGGAUGAGCAGAUCGAGACCAACGAUCAGAUUCUCAGCCAGCUCAACGCCCUGCGCUCAGAGAUGAGGCGUAAGCAACAGAAGUCUUCCCCCCUCCUGAUGAUCGAGAAGGAUGAUACUGUCUGUGAUGAUGACGUCAACUCUGACUGAAAGAUACACUAACUUACUUUCUUAUAGUACUCCAGCGCAUUCCCACUGGGACACGAGGAGCUCUUCAUUCCCACUGGGAUACAAGGAGCUCUUCAUUCCCACUGGGAUACAAGGAGCAUUCCCACUGGGAUACAAGGAGAAUUCCCACUGGGAUGCAAGGAGCUCUUCAUUCCCACUGGGAUACAAGGAGCAUUCCCACUGGGAUACAAGGAGAAUUCCCACUGGGAUGCAAGGAGCUCUUCAUUCCCACUGGGAUACAAGGAGCAUUCCCACUGGGAUACAAGGAGCAUUCCCACUGGGAUACAAGGAGCAUUCCCACUGGGA